UGCUGCUGUUCCUGGCAAGAUAUUCUGAAUUCCAUUUUAUCAAUAAAGCUUGGUUUAACAAACAAGAAAACAAAAUAAAGCAGAACAAACAAUUUAAAAAAAGAAUAAGCACUUGCUGAAAAUCACAAGCUCCCCUUAGAGCCUCUUACUAAGUUCUACCUUUAGGAAUGCACAAGAAUCCACAUUUGAAAACACAAAGCGGAGCCUUCAGAAGCUGGAUGAGCCAUCUGUGCUCCACGCUGUCCCAACGGCAGGACCCCUCUGUAGCUUAGAACACACAUGUGGCAACGAAGAGGGGCUCCUGGGUUGGCUGCCCCUCAUGGUAGUUAUCAGUUAGUGUAGGGAUUGUCACUUGAGGCACAGGUGGACCCGGGGAAAAGGGAGUUCACAGCAGCUCUGGAAAGUGUUACAGGGGCACACGGGGGACUAGGGAACUCUGGACAAGUCACCUUCCCUUCUGAGUGAUAGAGACAGAAGUGGUCCUCCUAGACUUCUAUGCAUGCACUUCCCAGGAAACUAUGAAAGCUGUUCCUUUCCUCCCCUCCAGCUUCACGUCUUUCCAUCUUUCCCUCUAAACAUCCCCCUAAGAUGGUGUUUGGGGUAUCUGUGGGUUUUUGCACUUGGGAUCUUUCUGCAGGUCAUUGCUGUCACUAUCACUGCUAUCUAUACUCCUGUGUGCUGGCCAUUGUGCUCUGUGCUUUAUAGGUCUUUUCAUACUUAAUAUCUACUAUUCUAUGAGGCCUGUGGUGGCAUUAUCUAUGUUUAAUAGUAAUGAUAACAAGGCUCAGAAAGAUGUUAGGUGACUUCUAAAUGUGAAUCAAAUCCAAAUCAGAAUCCUGACUCCUCCUCUGUGGUCUGUCUGAGAUACAAGUAUGACCCCAUGUUCUUUCCUUCUAGCUGACUUUCAGACGUUGAUUGGUCUGAAGUUCCAGUCUGCCCCCUUAUAUUUGCUGUAACUUAUAUCCAUAUAAAUGUCACCUAGUACUGUCACCUCAAUAUGUCCAGAGUCAACCUUAAUGUCAUUUGUCUACAAAUUUCUGUUUCCAAGGAGUGCUGCUGGCCCCUUAAUAUUCUCCUUGCCCAAGAUGUUCUUGAGAACAGUGGAGGUUCUGGGGAUGAGGCAGGGGAGGGAGGGUCACAGUGUUUGCUACAAAGGGCACUAGGUGCUAUGGCUGAGGGCAGCAGGAAAGGGAGCUUCAGGACUCAAACCUUAGCUCUCCAGAUCCUGCAGCCCAGAGGCAAAACUGGAACCUACUAGUGGGAUAAACACUGGCAGACUGCAUGAGCCUCCAGGUAUGUGUGUGGUUCUCAGAGAGAUGAUGGCUGUAAUCCCACUUACACAAAUCAGGUGUGUGGGCUUCUGGGAGCCCUGCUCCUGGAUGUUGACCCUGCCAUGACAAGGAGUAUAAAUUGCUGGCUUCACACCAGCAUUUCAAUCGGCUGUCCUCAUGGUACCUAACUGGCAGAGAUCCUGGCUCAGGAAGGACGUUGUAGCCAGGGGCUCCUGACUAGGACUGACAGCUGCCUGGCUGGGAGCGUCGGGAGCUUUGCUUCAUCUGAGGGCAGGGUGGAGCCAGUGCCCCAGGCAGGCGGCUCCAGUAACAUGCUGGGCUCACUCUCCCCACCAUGCCGCUCCUCCCAGUCCAUAGCUUUCCCUCUGUUUUUCUCCUUGUGGGUCUCACUAUAGAUCCGUCUGUGUCUGGAUAGUCCUAGGCUCUGGUUCAGGGUUGUUUGUGUCUGUUCUAUGGAUUGCCUCUCUUGUCAGUCAUCAGAUCCCAACACCCUCUGGAUCACAAGUCCCUUGUCCUAAGCCUGGGCUGCGGAGGAGGGAGCCUCUGGGGAAAGGAGGAGGCGGGGCUCCGCCCCGGGCAUGGCCAGGCUCACUAUAUAAGAACAAACCACUUGCCACAGUGUGUUGUGCUUCCUUCAGUGCAGAACUCCCUUGUUUCUGCUCACCAGCCUGCCUGCCUAGCCUGGUCCAGUUGCUGCCAACAGCAGGUACCCGGUUCCUGCCCUGCCCCAUGGGAGCCAGGGAGUGGGGAUGAGCGGGGACAUGGGCUGGGCACCCUGAGAGCUUGUAGAGCUUAACACUAAUGGGACACAUUCACGGGAACCCUGGUCACCCCACCACCACCACUGCAGGGUUUGAGCCAACACCCCAGUUCCCAGCAUUGCUGGUGUAACCAGGGGUAGAGAUGGCUCUUGGGAAUCCAUGGAACAGAAAUUGGUCUUUUUCCUUGAGGGUGGGGGUGGGGCAGGGAUAAGACAUAGGGUGUAUGGGCUCCUUGAAGUCUUAAGGGCUGAAAGGUCAGAUAGGAACCAGGUUGCUCUGAUCCCUGUUUUAUUUCUCUGUCCCAUAGUCUCUCUGCCUCUCUACCUCCAAGAUGGUGAGUCUCUUGUGGUCCCUUCCCACAAAGGUCCAAGUCCCUGGAUAGAGGGAGGGCAGGGGCUGGCACCCAGAAACCUAGCCCUGAGGACUGUCAGCUUAGACCCCAUAACCAGCUCCACCGCUUGACCCCUACCCAGUGUACCAGGCACUCACCCGUGCCACAUUAUCCCCAGGAAGUAGGUGCUGUCAGCCCAAUAACAGUUCCUCAUUCCAAUACCACCUAUAGAGUACCACCUAGCUGCCCAGCACUGGUCUGAGUUGGGGACACUCAGAUGAGCUAUGAGUCCGUCACUGACAUCAGUGUACUUUCCUAGGAAAGGAUACAAAGAAUUCAGCCCUGGUGUCCUGAGAUGCAAAUGAAUGGCUGAGGUCCAGACCUUGGAUGUCCGGGCCAUAGCUUACAGUUUCUGAGCCAACAGAUGAUUCCCCCAGGCAAGACAGAACCCAUAGGAUGGGAAUAAGACAGGCACCAGGUAGCCACCAAGCCAGAGAGAGCUAACAACCUGUUCCAAAUGGUGGCUCAGCCUAUCUCCUGAAAGACAGGCCCAGGUGCCAGACUUGUAUAGGCCAACGCACAGCAAGGAGUAAUAUCCCCAUUUCUAUCAUCCUAAGGUUCCCAGCCUCAGAGAGGGGACUGGGGGGUCCUAUUCCUGCAGACUUCCUGCAAAGGAAAUAGUGCCAGAAUUCCAUACACUUGUAGACAUGUUAAACCAGGUGUGGUGACACAUGCUUUUAAUCCUGGCAUUCAGAAGUCUGAAGCAAAAGGAUUGCCAGUUCAAGGCCUCCCUGAGCCACACAGCAAACCCAUCAACCAACCAACCAACUGGACCAAACUAAUUUGCUUAGAGAAUGCUUGCCUGGCACACAGUGGGCCCUGGGUUCAACCCCCAGCUCUGUAUGAAAUCAGAGGUAGUGGUGCACACCUGUAAUCUCACUGCUUGGGAGGCAGAGGGCCUUGAGUGUGAGGUCAGCCUGACUCAAGAAAAGGAAAAGAAAAAUGAAGAAGAAAAAGGAACAAAAGGAGGGGCUGAGGUUACAAGGUAGCUGGUAAAGUGUCGGCUCAGCCUACAGGAGGCUGAGUUCCAUCCCCAGCACCAUGUAAACCUGCUGUGGUGGAACAUGCCGAUUAUCCCAGCCCUCAGGAGGCAGAGAUAUGUGGAUCAAAAGUUCAAGGUCAUUCUCCACUAUACUCAAGUUUGAGGCCAGCCUCAACUACAUAAAACCCUGUCUCAAAACAAAACAAAACAAAACAAAACACCAAUAAUAAAAAGGAUGCCAAUCCUCAAGGUGUUACAUCAGGGUGAUGAGGAGGAAAUAAAUUCUCCUAAAAAGUAACAGCAGACUCCAUGAUGGUAGAUGAGUCACUGAGUCCCAGAGAGAACAGGGCUAGACAAUGGUUGAAGUAUUUCAGUUAGGAAAUAUCUGUGGACCAGUUACUGUGUGUCAGCACUCUGUGGAGCUGGGAUUCCAGUAACAAAACCCAGGCUCCUGUGAUCCCAGCUAGGACAGACCCUAGGUGUGAUGGGGAUCAGCAGUCCAAUUCGAGGAGUAUGUCCCUUCCUCCCUUCCCAUUCGCUGGCCCAAGACACUACAUUUAUCAGUGUACCGUACCUAGCCACAGUUCCCACUUGGCAAACCUUCCCUCCCCCAACUCCUUCCUCUUCUGGCCCUUUGAACUUGACCCGGACGGGAAGACUGGGAGGUUGGCUUAUACCAUUGAGUGAUUUAAGAUACUCCUUUGCCAAUCCUGCCCAAGACGUACUGUUUCUGCCCCCUGCUCAGCUCUGCCUGGAUCCACUGGGUACGGAGUGGGACUCCAAGGACCUGGAUGGAAAGGAAGAACCAUGGAAAAGCGGUGCUGGCCUGCCACCCACAGGCUGCUUCCCUGGGCCCUGGCGCCAGGAUAUCAGCCUGGAUUGCAAGGGCUCCCCGGAAGAGACUGAGGCUCGGGCCUGGACUGUGUACUACUACGGUCUCCUUCAGAGUUGUCUGCAGCAAGCUGGCCUUCCUGAGACCCAGGAUCGCAGCCAGGCACCUCGUACAGGCUGCCCUGGGGCAGAGGUGACCUUGUGCAUUCUGGGUUCUCCCAGCACCUUCCUAUCUCUGUUGCUGGAGGGUGGGGUCCAGAGCCCUGGAAACAUGCUCCUUUGCCUGUCCCCUGCUUGGCUGAUGAAGGUGGCAACUCCAGGCCAAGAGGGUGAGGCAGUCCUGCUGGUCUCUAAGGCUGUGAGCUUCUAUCCAGGGGGCCUGACAUUCCUGGAUGACUUUGUUCCCCCUCGGCAUGCUACUUACUUCCUGGCAGGCCUGGGGCCAGAAUCUGGCCGUGGCAAGGAGGCAGCAGAGCUGGCUCGGAAUCUCACUUGCCCCACAGGAACCUCAUCGGAGCUGUCCCAGCUGCUGGAGAACCGGCUGCUGAUGAGGUGGUUGCUGUCCCAGCAGAGUGGUGUGGCCGUGCCAGCUACCCUGGCUUUCACUUAUAGGCCUCCGGGGCUGCUUCGGGGAGGGGAUGCCAGCCCUGGACUCCGGCUGGUGGAACUCAGUGGGAAGGAGGGCCAGGAAACACUGGUGAAAGAGGAAGUAGAGGCCUUUGUGCACUCCGAGGCCUUGGGUGAUGCUUCACAGGUGGCUGUGAGGCUCAGUGGCUGUCGCUGGCGUGGACAGCAGGCAUUGCCUCUGCACCUGCGGGUAGAGCCAUCCACAGUGGUGAACACGGUGCUGGGAUUGCUGGAGAAGCUGGAGGAGGAGGAGAGUGUCCUUGUGGAGGCCAUGUGCCCACCUGUCCGGCUGCCCUUACCAGGCGGUCCUGCACCUGGCCCUGAGCUGGCUGUGCGUAUCUGUGCAGUGGUGUGUCGGAUUCAGGGUGAUAGGCCCCUACUGAGUAAGGUGGUGUGUGGCGUGGGCCGUGGGGAUCGACCCGUGCGGCACCACUAUACCCUGCCAAGGACACUGAGGGUGGCGCUGGCUCAGUGUGGCCUGGAAGAGGAGGCGCAGGUGGCGCUUCUGGAGCAGGGCAUCAAAGAAGCAGCCGAAGGCGCGUUGGCCGCUGUGCUGGCCCUGGAGGCUGGACUGAGUGUGGAGCAGCGUGGUGGACGCCAAGUGCACACCGACUUCCUCGGCGUGGACUUAGUUCUCACGGUGAUCGGACGCACGCUGACGCCCGUGGUCCUUAAGCUGAACAGUGGCCUGUGCCUAGAGGCCUGCGGCGCGCUCGAGGGGCUGUGGGCCGUGCCACGCCUAAGACGCUCAGCUGAGGAGGCAGCGGCAGCGCCGCUGGUGGAGACUAUGCUGCGGCGCUCAGGGCGCCACCUCAUGGACGGCAAGCAGCUGCUGGUGAUCGGCGCCGGCGGCGUCAGCAAGAAGUUCGUGUGGGAGGCGGCGCGGGACUACGGACUGACGCUGCACCUGGUGGAAUCAGACCCCAACCACUUUGCAUCCCAACUGGUACAGACCUUUAUCCACUUUGAUGUGACUGAGCACCGGAGGGAUGAGGAGAAUGCGCUGCUGCUGGCUGAGCUGGUACGGGCCCGGAACCUGAAGCUAGAUGGCUGCUUCUCCUUCUGGGAUGACUGCUUGGUGCUUACUGCUCUCCUCUGCCGUGAGCUGGGUCUGCCCUGCAGCCCCCCAGCUGCCAUGUGCUUGGCAAAGCAGAAGAGCCGCACACAGCUACAUCUGUUGCGGUGCCAGGGCCCACCCUGGCCUUCGACCUCUCUCCAUGCUGUGGCCUGUUGCCCAUUGGAGAAUGAGGCUGAUGUGGAGAGAGCCAUUUACCAGGUACCCCUGCCAGGUGUGAUGAAACUGGAAUUUGGGUCAGGAGCAGUAGGCGUGCAGCUGGUGAAGGAUGGGCCCCAGUGCCGUGAGCACUUUUCCCGGAUCCUCCAUGACCUGCAGGGUGAGGCUGACCACCCUGGCAUCGGGCUGGGCUGGGGCAAUGCUAUGCUGCUGAUGGAGUUUGUUGAGGGCACAGAGCAUGACGUGGACCUGGUGGUGUUCGGUGGACGGUUGCUGGCUGCUUUCGUCUCCGAUAAUGGCCCCACAAGGCUGCCUGGCUUCACAGAGACUGCAGCCUGCAUGCCCACUGGGCUAGCACCAGAGCAGGAGGCCCAGGUGGUGCAGGCAGCCUUUCGCUGCUGCCUGGGCUGUGGGCUGCUGGAUGGGGUUUUCAAUGUGGAGCUCAAGAUGACUGGGGCUGGGCCAAGGCUCAUCGAGAUUAACCCUCGAAUGGGAGGCUUCUACCUUCGAGACUGGAUCCUAGAGCUCUAUGGUGUGGAUUUGCUUCUGGCUUCUACAAUGGUGGCCUGUGGCCUGCAGCCUGCCUUGCCUGCUCACCCUCGUGCCCGUGGCUACCUAGUGGGCAUCAUGUGCCUGGUGUCCCAGCACCUACAGCUGCUGAGUUCCCCGAGCAGUAGAGAGACUCUGCAAACCCUCCAUGACCAGGGGCAAUUACGACUCAACCUGCUGGAGGAGGCCCUGAUACCUGGCCAGUAUGAGGAGCCCUACUGCAAUGUGGCCUGUGCUGGGCCCAGCCCUGCUGAGGCCUGUCACCGCCUGCUAGGCAUCUGUCAGGGCUUGGGCAUUGACAGGCCCAACUACCCUGUUGCCCAUUUCCUGUCUCAUUUCAAAUAGCACUGGGGUCAAGGAGCAGCAGGGAUGCAGUGCCAGGAGGAGGGGCCGUGGGGCUAUAUUUCCCUGUCCCUCUCUCUGUCACUUUGCCCCAACCCAGGGUCAGCAUGCUACCACAACUCAGGCCUAUUCCAGAACAGUAGAGCCAUUGUGACACCAAAGUCUUCUGGAUUCAAGGACCAUAAAACAAGUAUCUGGAAUUUGCUGGGUCCUCUUGCCUUCCAGAAAGCCUCCAUCUAGCCCCAGGUACCCCCAGGACUCCAGCCUUUAAAGAACUAACAAAUAGCAGCUUCUUCACUGGCACAUCAGUGCCCAGCCCAGAUGGGGGUGGGUGAAACCCAGGCUCCUCCUCUCUUACCCCUCCACCGCCUAGGUCCAGCUCUUCCUGUCACCUACACAAGGAGAGAACCUUCACCAGCCCCUAGCCUUGGACAAAGGCCAUGAAAUGGGAGAUUAGCACACUAGCCUUUAUGCAAAACCCAGGACAGUUGUAGAGCCUGCUGAAAAUGUCUGGCCGUGCUUCACUGUGUCUGUUGGCCUGAGCAGUAGAAGCAAAUGUCUGUGCUCAGCACUAGGAGUAAACAUUUCCCUUCAUGCUUUCAGGCAGACCCUAGUGCCCCUAUGUUACAGAUGAGGAAGCAGGCUCAGAGAGAGAAAAAAAAAAAAAGACUGCCUCCAAGUUCCUAUUAUAGUGGAUGUAGACAGAAUGCCAAGGCCAACCUUCUCUGUUUACUGUUUUAAACGCUCAGUUAGCCUCCAGGUCCUCUCUCCUUUCUAUCUUCAUUUAUAGGCAGCACUCAGACUCCUAAACACCUGCCUCCCAUACACCACACACGAUCUCUACCAGCUUUGUUGCUUUGGCCUCUGGCAUUCCUAGCUAGCUUGGCCCUGGGACUUCUGUGUACACCUUUCCUCAUUUUAGGGAGCUAGCUACUCUGAAAACACCUGUCUUUGCUCAGGAGCCGAGGACAGCUCCUGAAACCUGCCUACCUAAAUAAAGACUUGUUAACUAGUGAA